UGCCAGUCUCCAGCAGCAUUGCCAUUUUCCCGUCCACGCUCUGGCUUCCGGCAUCCCCUCGCUUCUUUACACCCCCAUCGACGUUCCCACGGCUCUGUCCCCGUCGACCCUUGCUCCACCCUUCCCUCACUAGAGAGAAUGCUCUCAAAAAAGACCCUCGAGGCCGUCUCGGCCGUCACCGAGGACCUCAAGCGCCACGACUAUGCCGCCUUCAUCACCGUCGGCUUUGUCGCCGUCCUGGCCCGGUACUCCGACUCCAUCGAGAACUACGACCUGCACUUCAGAAUCGACAGCCGCCUCGCGAGCGCGCCCGUUGGCUCCAAGUGCACCGUCAAUGUCACUCAGUCCUUCAGUCAUAUCCACCGCAUGAUUCUCGGCGUCCUGUUCACCAGCCAUCCCUUGGACGAGAAUGAAAGCUGCAAGAUCACCGUCGCCUGGUCCGAGACCGGCGACUUCCAGUCCAGGUUUGUGUCGCUCACCUUCUCCUCUGGAGACUUUGGAUCAGGUUCCUCCGACUUUGUCGAGGAGAUGAUUGGUCUCGACUGUCAAAUGGCUGGCUUUGCCGGCCUCUCCCCCGCCGAGAUGGCGCUGGUCAACAUCGAGGGCUCCGUCACGGCCUUCCUCGAGUCGCUGGCACAGCACCCCAACUUCCGCAAGAUGCCCCUCGACAGCUUCAACGUCAUCUGCCCCGAGGACUACCAGCGUCUGCUCGUUCUCAGCAACGCCAACAACCUCUCUCCUCAGCCGCCUCGCAAGAGCGACCAGUACCUGGCCAACAUCUUUGUCCGCACCGUCCAGAAGCACCCGCGCAUGCUGGCCCUGAUCCACGAGACAAAGUCCAUCACCUACGAGAAACUCUUCCAUCUGUCCAAGCUGAUCGCCCAGCAUCUCAUCGAAAAGUGCGGCGUUCAGGCCAACGACCGCGUCGCCCUGAUGUUCCCAAAGUCCAUCGAGGGCUUUGCCAUCAUGCUCGGUGUGAUCCUCGCCGGCGCUGCCUAUGUCCCCAUCGACAACGAAAAGACCCCGCCCGAGCGUGCCGCCUACAUCAUCAUGGACUCGGCCUCCAAGGUCUCUGUCAUCGUCGACGACGCCCUCUGCGACAAGGUCUCGGCCGAACUCGACAAGCUCGGCGUCUCCGGCAGCACCAUCCUCCUGACCGUGCCGGUUCUGUACUCUGCCGCCCGCGAUCUCUUCAUCUCCUCUGGCUCACAGAGCAUCUCCAUCACCAUCGACGACCUCCCUGUCGACCGCAAGCCCUCCGAUGGUGCCUACAUCAUCUACACCAGUGGAACGACGGGCAAGCCCAAGGGCGUGCUCAUCAGCCAGGGCGCCAUCGCCAACCUGGUGGUGGUCGAGCGCGAUCUCUUCCAGCUGUCGCCCGGCGAUCGUGUCUUCCAGAACUUUUCCCACAGCUUUGACUUUUCGAUCGAGGAGAUCUGGAUGGCGUACUCGACAGGCGCCUCGCUGGUCAUCCCGACCAAGGACAUGAUCUACGCCGGCCCCGAUCUGCCCAAGCACAUCCAAAAGUACAGCGUCACCGUGUUCUGCUGCGUCCCGAGCCAACUCGGCAUCCUCGUCGGCGAGAUGCCCUCGGUCAAGAUGAUUGUGCUGGGCGGCGAGGCUGCCCAAGAAAAUAUUGUGCAGCGCUACCGAAUGAGGGGCCGCAAGAUCUUCAACACCUACGGCCCCACCGAGACCACCUGCAGCUCCACCUACCUCGACAUCUCCGAGCCUGUUGAGAAGAUGACCAUCGGCCGGCCCUUCAUCAACUACACGUCGUACGUCGUCGACUCCAAGAACCGCCUGGUUCCCAUCGGCGCCAUGGGCGAGCUCGUCAUCGGAGGCAAGAGUGUCGCCGAGGGCUACAUCAACAGAGACGACCUCACUGCCGAAAAGUUCAUCCACAACCCCUUCGAUCCCAGCGGACGCAUGUACAAGACCAGCGAUCUCGUCAGAUACACUCCCGAGGGCAACAUCGAGUACUUUGGCCGCAUCGACUGCCAGGUCAAGAUCCGCGGCUUCCGCGUCGAGCUCGGUGAGAUCGAGUCCAAUCUCUCGGAUUGUGACGGAAUCCAGAGCGCCAUCGCUCACGUCUGGACCGCCCCGAACCCAGACACCGGCAGCACCGAGCAGACCCUCGUUGCCUAUCUGGUGCUCGAGACCUGGUGCCACGAGAUCGACGACCGCAAGAUCCGCGAGAAGCUCCGUGCCACUCUGCCGCCGUACAUGAUCCCCUCGGUCUUCCAGCGCAUGCUCCCAGAGGACGUGCCGCGCCUGACCAGCGGCAAGAUUGACCGCAAGAAGCUGCCUCCCAUCAUUGCUCCCGUGAGCACCGAUAGAGGCAUUGGUUCCGGCUCUGGCGCUGGCUCUGGCUCUGGCUCUGGCUCUGGCUCUGGCUCCAGCCCGACCGCCGCUUCUGGCUCCGAGAAGCCUCGCCCCAAAAAGUCAGUCGAUGGCCCAGAGCCCAUGAAUGGCUCGAUGGAGGAUGUCAUCACUGCCGUCUGGAAGGACCUGCUGGGCAGCGAUCGUAUCGCCAAGACCGACAACUUUUUCCACGACCUUGGCGGACACUCGUUCCUUGCGGCCAAGACCAUCGGUGCCCUGCGCAAGCAUCCUCGACUGGCCGGACUCAGCGUCCGCGACCUCUACGAGAACCCCACCAUCGCCCAACUCGCCACUCUGGCCGCCCCCGCCCAGGCCGAGAACCGCACCGAGGAGCGCAAGAGCAGGCGCUUCAGCAGCAUCAAGCGCACCGCCAAGGUCCACCGCCCUUCGCUUCCGGCCAAGGCAUUCUGCGGCCUGAUUCAAGCGUCGUUCUUGUAUCUCUCGACCUUCUUCGGUGGCCUUCCUCUCUACCUGGGCAUGUUCUAUCUCUACAACUUCCAAACUACUAUGGAGCUCUGGACUUGGCACUAUGUGCUGAUCACAGCCAUUCUCUUCCUCCUCGUCACCUCGGUGGGUCGCAUCUUUGCGAUCAUGUUUGUGGUUGUCCUCAAAUGGCUCCUCCUCGGCCAGAUGCGCGAGCGUUCCGUCCCCGUAUACUCCUUCUUCUAUCUCCGAUGGUGGAUCGUCAAGACACUUUCUGGUAGCCUUGGUCUGACGGAUCUUCAAGGCUCGUUCCUGCUCCCGUUCAUCCUUCGUCUGCUGGGAUGCAAGAUUGGCCGUGACUGCAACAUCUUCAGCAUUAGCGUUGAUGGAUUUGAUCUGAUCGAGAUUGGCCACGGAUCCACCAUCGGCAACAAUGCCACGAUCAUCGCUUACGAGUUUGCCAACGGAUACGUGCACUUUAAGAAAAUCAAGAUUGGCGAAAACUGUGUCGUCGGAGCCAGCUCCGUUGUCGAGGCCGGCGGAAUCAUGAACGACGGCUCCGAGCUCAUGGAUUCGUCGCUCCUGUCGUGCAAUGACGUUCUCGAGGCCAACCACUACUGGGGCGGCUGCCCCGGCCGCGACCGCGGCAAGAAGCAGCCCUCCGCCAAAGCCCGCUCGCUCUCCGACGGCAACUUCAUCUAUGUCUUCACCUACUCGAUCUUGAUGAUCCUCGCGUGGUUUAUGGCCCAGGUUUUCAAGGGCCUCACCUUCUACCCCGGCUUUACUCUGUACCUGUACGCCAGCUCGGUGUUUGGAACCAAGAACCUGAUCUGGGCCUUUGCCCCUGCUGCGGCUCUGGUCAACAUUCUGUUCUCGCUCUUCCUGGCCAUCGUUCUCAAGUGGAUCCUCCUCGGAAAGGUCAAGGCCGAGCGUAUCCCGGUGGUGUCGUUCACCUACAUCAAAUACUAUCUCUUUGAUGCCUUUUACCAUGAUAUGCUGACCUCCUUCAAGACCGUCUUCAACACCCAAUAUGUGGUUCCCUGGCUCCGCAUGAUGGGCUGCCGCUUGGGCAAGUUUUCCGAAGUGGCAUUCUUCAGCCCGUUCCCUGGCGAGCUGCUGACGACCGGACAAGGAUCCUUCAUUGCCGAUGCCGCCGUGAUUGCUCCGCCCUACGUCUCGAACGGCUGGUACAGCACCGGACCCGUGCACAUUGGCGACAAGAGCUUCGUUGGCAAUGCGGCUGUUGCUCCCGCAUACACACACAUUGCCAGCGACUCGCUUCUGGGCGUCGCCUCCCUGCCGCCGAGAUGCCCUCGUAACCCUGAGGCUGGCGGAUACUGCAUCAAUCAAGGCGAGACCUGGCUGGGCAACGAGGCUGUCCGCAUCCCCUUCCGCAACAAGGACGGCAACGACCGCUUUGGCGAUUCGUCGACCUACCAACCCUCAUUUGCGAUGAGACUGCAUCGCUACAUCUGGGAGGCCUUCCGUAUCCUCGUUCCCUCUGCGAUCUCGGCCGCCUUUGUUCUCUUCCAGCUUGAGUACUUUGCGCAAGGUUUCCUUGACAACUACCUGGACCAUGUCCAGAAGAUGGUUUUGUUCCCUGCCCUCGUCUGCUUGCUCGGUGUCUUUGAGCUCUUGCUGCUGAUCGUGCUCAAGUGGAUCUUGAUUGGCCGCUACAAGAAGACGGAGCAGCCCAUGUACUCGACCUUUGUCCGCCGCACCGAGUUCCUCACGGGCAUGCAGGAGCAGAAUGUUGCGCCCUUCCUCGGGGCACUCAUAGGCACACCCUUCAUGUCGAUCGUCUUCCGCAUGCUCGGCGCCCGGGUCGGCAAGAAUGUCUUCUGGGCCACCGUUGACUUGACCGAGCACGACCUGCUGACGAUUGGCGACAACUGCACCGUCGGCUCCUAUGCAGUCUUCCAGACACAUCUGUUCGAGGACCGCGUGAUGAAGCUCGGCCCGAUCGAGAUCGGCAAGAACUGCAACAUCCGCACCCGCACGAUCGUGCUCUACGACGUGGCCAUCGGCAACGAAGUCGACGUCAACCCGCUCUCGCUCGUGGUCAAGGGCGAGAGUCUCCCCGACAAGACCACCUGGGAAGGCCUGCCGAUUUAUAGACACCCAUCGCGUGUAGUGCUCUGUUGUGCCAACUCUCCGUUAUCAAGAUACUCCUUGGUCGUCACACACACCAUCAUUAUCAUCAUUAUCAUCACAAUCCUCAUUAUCAUCAUUAUCAUCAUUAUCAUCAUUAUCAUCAUUAUCAUCAUUAUCAUCACAAUCCUCAUUAUCACAAUUAUCACCACCAUCAUUAUGAUCAUCUCCGAUAACGAUCAGCCCAAAGUUCCCAUUCCCCUCGUUCGGUCAUUUGUUGGCUAUUUUGCGAAGGAGGAUCUGGAUGGUGCUGAGUCCUUCCACAAUCUACUAUUGUGAAGCUGGAAUCGACGGACGAAAGUUGCAUAUGCCAUUGUUGCUUCACGGAGUCAUUCGAUGUUUCUCUCGAUCAGUCAAGAUCAGCGAGUGUUUCGAGACAGCAUUGCUGUGAUCAGUUGCCGAGAUUCUUGAGGAGACGGAUGGAACCUACGUGACCCUGGUUGGCGGACUUGCGGUACCAGAAGAUGGCGGCGUUGAUGGUCCUCGGGGACACCACUGCCACCGUGGUAACAGAAGCUGAGCCACCAUUGUCCGAUCCGAUUGCCCUGCUCGGCAGAUUUGCGAUGCCACUCCACUGCCUUGGUGUGGUCCUCAGUGGUUCCGUAUCCAUGCUAGCCUGAACACCAACCAACCAUCCACUGCCCAUAUAAGUUGCCUAGGUCGGCCGACUUGCUGAACCACUCGAAUGCCUUCUCGCA